AGCACCAGUCUAGCUACGCGACAAGUUCGAACUUGCUGCCUGCGUGUCAGUGCGUGAUCGCGGAUAAUAAACUCAGUAAAUUUGCGAAUGUUCGCCGAUGUUGUAGUAUAGGGACUUGUAGUGCUAAAAGCUCAGUGUAGUUUCGUCGCUGAAGAAGAAGGACGGCGUACAUAGAAACAGAACGCUCCAGCAAUCUGUUGCUGCCAAGGUGAGGUCCCAUGCCCGAAUUACACAUGACUCCCAUGUCAUCCUUGAAAAAGGGAACACUACUACAGUGUACGAACUAUCUGCUUCGGCCCAGUACUGAAUUCCUGCAGAUUUUGAAAAAGACCGGUGCAACUGGGCUGACUUUUACCAGAAAAGAGCUUUUCCACCAUCUUAAGGAGUAUAUUGGUGGCAAGCAGCUCUAUGAUCCGUCCAACCCACGCAUCAUCUAUUGCGAUGAGGACCUCAGCGUAGUGUUCGGCGUGAAAUCCUUCACCAUCGAAGAUGUCAUGGGUUUGGUUGCUAGGCACACCAGCUUGGUGGUAGACCCAGCCUGUACCAAGGAAAGCAAGGCUGAACCGACUCCAUCCCCGGAUUCUCAUCUCGUUGGCAACAGCCAGCCUCCGAAACGCAAGAGGACGAGCAGUGACAAGUCGAAGAGUCCCGCUCAUUCAACUUCAUCCAGCGAUAACAAGAGUAAGAAGCACGCCAGUCUCAGUGUAGUGCACCACAGCGACGAUGAUGGCAGCAGCGGCGGCAUGCCCUGGUACUUCAACGUACAAGUUCACACGUCCGACAGCGAAGUACUGAGUGUGCAGGGAUAUGAGACAGCAGUGAUAGAGAGUGAAGCAGACGGCAGUCAGAUCACCGUAUCAACUCUAUACUGGGACGACGAAGACGUCGGUAACCACGACGACGAUUGUUUCUCAAUAGAGUACGAACUGGAGUCGUCGUGUAGUGACGUCAGCGUGUCAGAUGACGUCACGACCGAUUCUGACUGUUCGGAGGAUGUUGUCGGAGCGUUGUUCGUGUAUGACGCCCAUCACCACCACGACCCGGACGAAUACUACCUCGCUGAUUACUCCGAUUCCGAGUCGGAAACCGACUCUUCUGAUCCAGAAGUUUCCGACGCUGAUAAGUGGCGUUGCAGCGAGUGUCACAUCCUCAACCGACCAGGAAUACGUUUCUGCGAACGCUGCUGGAAACUGCGACGUGAUUGGCUGCCGGAGCGGCGGCGCAUUCGUAUGCGACGUCACCACUUCUGUCGAGCGGCGUCUGCUCCCGUCGACCAGGAUCUAUCAAGCGGCGGCAGCAGCAGCGCCUGCGGGGAGCUGGAAGAGAGGCGGCGACGACGACAGGCGUGCGGUGGCGCCCCCGGUGGCAUGUGGCAGGGGACAAGGAGUCGCAGCAUGGAUGACGGCAGUAUUGCUGGCAGCUGGGGCAUCAGCGUUGUCAGAAAUCGUGGUGGGGAAGACAUGUUAGUAUCAGCAACACCAACAACAGUAGCAGCGACAGCAGCAGCAGCAACGACAGUAGCAGCACCAGCAGCAGCAACAAGAACAACAACAACAACAACAGUAGCAAUACCAGCAGCAGCAGCAGCAACAACAGUGCCAGCAGCAACAGCAGCAGCAGCAAUACCACUAGAAGAAGUGCCAAAUGUAAGAGCAGUAGUGCCACCAACAGCAGCAGCAGUUAUGCCGCAACCACGAUCAGCAGCAGUACAAGCGGAAGGGGCAGCAGCAGUAUCAGUCUUUCCAUCACCACCACCACUAGCAACAUCAGUAGCAGUGCCUCCAUCGCCGCUAGUAGCAGCAGCAUCAACAUCAGCAUCAGCAGACCCCGCUCUCAUCGCAUGCAGCAGCAGCAGCAUCAGUAGUUCUCAGCCUUGCAGCAGUCAGCUCCUGGAUAGCCCUUCACAGCUGAGCAGCUCAUGCCACGUAGAGAGCUUAGACCCGGAGCUAGGGGAAGCUUCUGGCACCUCCCUGCCGUGCCUCAUCUGCCUCUCUCGGCCGAAGAACGCCAGCAUCAUCCACGGUCACACCGGCCACCAGGUGGCGUGCUACAAGUGCGCGAAGAAGUUGCGUAGGCGUGGCAGGCCUUGUCCCGUGUGUCGCCGACCGAUACAGAAGGUCAUCAAAAAUUUUGUCAUCUGAUGACAACGUCGCCCCCUGGUGAAGUCCGUGGUUUGUCGUUAUUCGUUUGUGCGUGGGAAAACACUCAGCUCUCAAUAUAGAUAUGUUAUGUAAGAUUAUGAGUGUCUUGUUUCGAUUAUCAUAAUAUCGUAUAUUUAUUGGGUGAAACAUAUUAUUACAACUAUUUCUAUCGUGAUAUGCUCUGUAGAUACAGACUUGAGGUGGAAUCUUGUAACUAUUUGUAUGAAUACGGAGCCAUCUGGUGAGUGAAACUACAUUUUGCUCAGUUAACACUGUACAAACCAAUCAAAAACAAAUGUUAAAUUGAGAAAGAAACAUCACUUAUUCGGCUACAUCUACAUGGUACAGGCUAUCUGGGAGAAACAUGACUAUAUAUAUAUAUAUAGUCAGGAGCUUAUAAAAGGAAUUAUCCUUUUAUAAGCUCCUGAUAUAGUAUGAUUUUAUAUUUAUCUUGUGUUAAAUCCAAGAAAUUAACUUACUAUCAAAAUUUGGGAGGCACUGACCAAUAAUUGAAUAUUUCACCCUGAAAUAUAAUUAAAAUCCCAUAAAUUUCAUAGGUUGUGUGUUCCGUCACACACAAAAAUGUCGAAACUUGUAAUGCACCAUAACAUGACCAUAAGUAUACAUAUAUGAACGUAAGGAUUCCCUUAGGGCUUGUGAAUAGAAAAUUUCGCCAAUGGUUGAAAACGUACAUAUCAAAGUGUUUCGUGUUACAUCGCCAGGGGAAUUUCUUUCAUUCAUGAACUAUUUUCUCUUCUCUUUAGUGUCAGGCAGCGAGUAAGCUCUAACCAACCAUGCGCAAACAUACAUGUGUAUAUCCAGCUGUGAGAAAUUUCAUACAUACACACAAAAAUGUGUAAAAUCACAACUAGUGAAACUAUGUUUACUAAGUACAAAAUACGUAUAUGCCAUCAGCUUACUAUGCAACGAUUUUUACAAUAUAAAUGAAACUGAUGUGUCUGUGUGUAUAUAUAUGGCUUAAUUUCACUGUUCAAGGUUUCCUAUCGCAGCCUGAGGGAGGUCAAGCUUAGAUAGAAACCUCGCUAAUCUAUUACUAUAUACAUGUAAUAUUUAUUAUUAAUUAUUGUUUUAGACAAAGCAUAAUUUCAUAAACGUGCAUUGGAUGUUAGUUGCACUUGCGUUAUAACAUAUGUGUGAUAAACAUCCAACCUUGGAUGCGGUCCUGUGUCUACAAUGAGUUGGAACCACAGAACUGCAACGAAGGAUGGAUGGAUAAAUAUACGGUAGCUUUCUCAUAAUAAAUUACAGGUAAUUGAUAAAAAUAAACACGUUUAUGUUUUAAUUAAUA